AUGGAAUACUAUCCUACUGUUGUUCGAAACUCUGGAUUAGCCUUCAAGUCAACUUGUAGCCGUCUUGGGACCAUUGUCGCACCACAGCUUUUCGUUUUGAGCAUUUGGGAAUCGCUGCCGUACAUCGUUCUCACAGCAAUGGCCACACUGGAUACAAUAUUCUACCAGUUGGUGAUCCCGGAAACGAAGGGAAAACCGCUACCGGAAAAUCUUCCGCCUAAGCGCGAAAAAUUAGCACGUGCUACCUCCUUGGUGAAAGUUUGA